AUGCCAACAGUUUAUACCACAACUAGGAUCUACUUCCUUGGACAGAUGCCGGAGGCCAAUGCCGUGAGCAUCGCGUCGCAGCUCUAUUGGGUCAGCCUUCUGCUGGAGGUCAUGGAGGAGGCGCUGAUUGUUCCGUUGUAUCCUUGCAUUGGAGAGACGAUUGAUCAGGAGCUGUCCACACGAAACAAGGUGCGCACGGGAUUCCUCAUCACCCUCCUUUUCUAUUGCGUCUUCGCCGCCGUGGUGGUGUCCGCCGCAGAGCCCCUCGUGGACAGUAUGGCUCCUCAACAAGACUUGCGAGCAGAGACGGUGAGGUACAUCCGCUGGGAGAUGGUGGCUGCAGUGAUUCAGGGGUUGGACAAAUUUACGCACGUUACAUUUGUGCUCUUGAAGAAAGAAAAGGUCGUCUUUGCCAUUGCUAUGUUUCAAACGCUGCUUACAGUGCUAUUUGACUACCUCUUUGUGAGUGACCUCCCUGGGUCAUUCCGAUGGGGAGUCAUUGGCUUGGCUAUAUCGAACAUUUGCACCUACACCCUAGUCUUACUUUUCGCCCUUCAAUGCCUUCCCUGCGCCACACGGCCCUUAACUUGGACCUGGCUGUCGAGCUGGUGGCGCGUUGGACGAUGGGCAGCCGCCGGAUCCUUGAUACGAAACUUGAGCUAUGUGAUUUUUAUAGCUCGCAUGGUGAACGUUCUACACCAGUCUGGCAACUACUGGCUGGCCAACAACUUCAUUUGGACCUGGCUUCUUUUGCCAUUCCUACCCCUUGCCGAGCUCCUCAAGCAAGAGGUCUCUUGCAGGCCAAGGAUACCUUCAGCGCAUUUCCCGAUAUUGCCAGCAUAUUUGCUGUUGUCUCUGCUCCUCUUUGCGAGCUGGCUUCUGACUAUGCCCGGCUGGCAGGGCUUUUUCCAGGUUGUUCUGAAUGUAGAGAAGCCGUCGAGCGCGCUGAAUAUCGUCCACACACUCCUGCCCUUCUAUUUGUUCUAUAUGUUGGCCGCCCUCCUGGACUCCAUAUUCUACGGAUUUGGGCUCACCAAUCAACUGGCAUUCAUAUCCAUCGUUGCUAACCUGGGCGUCUAUGGAUCUGCUUUCCUGUUGUACACGCUGGGAGUCUUGGAUUUGAACAUCGAUGCAGUUAAGGAAGGCGAGCUGUACAAGGAUCGCUUUGACGAGGUCCUGCCAUUUCACGAGCCGGGCUUGGCGCCUGUGAGAUGCGGGAACAAGGCCUGGCACAUUCAGGCGGAUGGCCGCAAGGCCUAUGACCAGACCUACUUGCGCACCUUCGGCUUCUACGAUGGACGCGCAGCAGUCGUCGUGGAAGAAGGAAAGUGGCAUCACAUUUUGUCAUCUGGUCAGGAGGCCUAUUCUGAGCGCUAUGAGUGGUGUGGAAAUUUCCAGGGACAUUGCUGCCCUGUGCGGAUGAAGGGUCGCUACUUUCACAUUGACUUAGACGGAAGGCCGCUGUAUCAAGCCACCUGGAGGUAUGCCGGAGACUUCCGCGAAGGCUCGGCGGUGGUACAUGGCGAUGGAGGCUCUGCCACGCACGUGAGGAGCAACGGUGAGCUUCUGCAUGGGCAAUGGUUUCAGGACUUGGAUGUGUACCACAAGGGCCUGGCAAGAGCAAGGGAUUCUCGUGGCUGGUUUCACGUCAAUGUGCAGGGCAAGCCUCAGUACAGUCGGCGAUUCGGGAUGGUGGAGCCCUUCUACAAUGGGCAGGCGCGGGUGCAAUCCUUGGAAGGUGGCUGGGAGGUCAUCGGCGAAGAUGGUGAGACUCUACUUCAGAUAACCGCAUCAACGGAAGACCCGUUUGCUUCCCUUUCUGCUGAUUUGGUGGGCUUCUGGAAGACGCAGACCUUGUGUGCAGCAGUGGAGCUGGGUGUGUUCGAGGGAUUGCCGGCGAGCCUGUCUCAGCUGUCUGCGCUCACCGCCGUGCCAUCGCCGCGCCUGCGGCGCCUGCUGCGCGCUUUGGAGGAGCUCCGCGCCGUGCGAGCGGUCGACGUGGAGACAGGGGACGAAGGUUGCGUGUGGCGCGCCACGGAGCGGGGGGAGCUGCUGAGAGCAGGACAUUAUCUCACCCUGGCAGAUGCAGCCUUAGAGUACGGACGCCAAUUAAGUGAGGCCUGGCUGCGCUUGCCCAGCAUCCUUCGAAGCAACUCCGAGCGGGAGCCAGAGAUUUUUAAGGACGUUGCCUCGUCAGCACGCUGCUUAGCUCAUCAUCGCAUGCUCCGGAGCUACGCGCGGCGCGACUAUGCAGAGGUGCCCAAAUUGCUUCAGCUACGCGAGAACAUGGUUAUUUUGGAUGUGGGUGGCGGGACAGGGACACUGGCAAAGCUUUUUCUGGAGGCGAAUGACGAAGCAGAAGUCUUCCUAUUGGAUUUGCCAGAGGUGCUGCAGCAGGUAGAGCCUUUGCCCAAUGGGCUACGAUUGCGUCCAGUGGACUUGCAAGAUGAUUGGAGCCAGCAUGUUCCAUUGGCAGAUGCAGUCGUGCUUGCUCGCGUUCUGCAUGACUUCCACGACAGGGCAGCCCUGCAGCUUUUACAAACGGCGCACCGUGCUUUGAAGAAGGGAGGCCGCGUUGUGGUGGUGGAGCUCCUAGGUUUCUGCCUCGCGGGUCUUCUGGAGGACUCUGUGACCUACACUUACUUGCAGCUGGUGCUGCGAAAGGCAGAUCUGUGCAACGAGGACGAAAUCCUGGCUGCCUUGAGAUUUGAGACAUUCGACGCAGUCAUCCACCUUGCUGGGUACAAGUCCGUGGGCGAAUCCGUGAGGUUCCCCCUGCUCUACUGGAAGAACAAUGUGGAAGGCUUUCGCAAGCUUCUCAGCUUCCUCCGAGCACACCAAGCUUCGUCACGUGUCUUGCUCUCGAGCUCAUGCACGGUGUAUCAGCCAUCCUUGAGCAAGAUGACGGAGGACGCUGUUUUGGAGCCUACAUGUCCAUAUGGAAAGACCAAGUUGGCGCAGGAGGAAAUCCUGAAGGACCAGAUUGCCAGCGAUAGCACUUGGAGCGCGUGCGCGCUCCGGUAUUUCAAUCCAGCUGGCGCCCAUUCAAGCAGUCAACUCGGGGAAGUGCCCGUGGAGUCAUCGCCCCACAUGCUGGUUCCUCUGAUACAACAAGUAGCAUUAGGGAAAAGACCCGAGCUGAGCGUCUUUGGAACUGACUACAAUACGGUGGAUGGCACAGCGGUCAGAGAUUACUUGCACAUUCAGGACGUUGCCGAGGCUCAUGUCGCAGCUUUGCAACACCUUCAAAGCGGAUCGUUUCAGGCGUUCAACCUGGGCACCGGAAAAGGCAGUACGGUGCUUGAAGUUGUGACUGCUUUUCAGCGAAGCUCCGGACUUGACGUGCCCUGUAGCUUUCAAGAUCGCCGUGCUGGAGAUGCACCGUUCGCUGUAGCAAACCCCAGCCGAGCAGAAGCCGUCUUGGGAUGGCGAGCCAAAAGGGGGCUGGGUGAGAUAGUGGCUUCCGCAUGGAGCUUUGCGCGGCAGAAUCCAGAAGGCUUUCAAGGAGCGCCGUUCAGGAAUUCUACACCGUGGCAAACUCCGACCAGUCACCACGUUGAACAUUUGGAGAGGCAAAUUCGUGCAGCUUCGGCACUGGUGGGGCCCUUUGAGGGUCUAGGCUUGCUUGAACAUGAAAGCGCCCAAUCAGCCCAAUCUGUGAAGUAUGUGGUUGAUUUGGGUGGGACCAAUUUGCGAGUAUUCCGAUUCUGUGGAUCGCAGGAUUGCUACACAGGCAGCGAGGUCGUUGUGCCAAAUCACUUGAAAUCAGAAGACGCCUCAGCAGGUGAGCUGUUUGAUUUCAUUGCGUCGGUUGUGGCCAAAGUCUUUCAUCAACAUCCUGGAGACGCCAAUGCAAUGGCACCACUACCCCUCUGCCUGAUAUUUUCCUUCGCCUUGGAUUCAGGAAGAUUAAAACACUGGGCUAAAGAUUGGGCCACUCGUGGAGUUGUGGCAGCCGACCUUUCCGAGCUGAUGAACGUGGCAUUGAGGUGGCAGAACCUGCCCUUGGAGGUGCACCACGUGCUAAAUGACUGCGUCAGCAGCCUCUUUGCGCUGCCGACUGUAGCAGAUGUUGCCGUGGUGGUGGGAACUGGCACAAACGCGUGUUUUGUGGAGUCAAAGGAUGAGCUCCGAAUCUUUUCGACCGAAUGGGCCAGCCUCACAACCGGACUUCCCAUCAGGCAAGAGGAUCUUGUAACCCACGCUCCUGACGCGGUGAAUUUGGAGCGCUUAGUCUCUGGUUUGUAUUUGCCUCGCACGGUCAAAACGUUUUGUCCACAUUCAGGCAGGCUGACCAUGAGGGAGUUGGUCGAAGCAUGCUGCUCCGAACAGCCAAGUGCUUUACAAGAGGCCUCCCAAUUUGUCGUAAGCCGCUCAGCAGCUGUGUGCGCCAAAGCGCUGGCGGCCGCCCUGACCAUCGUGGCGGAAACCAGGCCAGAGCAUGAAACGCUGCAAGUGGUGCUGGACGGCGCCCUCUUGCACGUGCCUAGGUACCUGGCAACACUUAAGAUGUGUUUAGCUGACGGGUUGCCGUUGCGCUUGCACAGGCGAGUGAAGCUGCAUUUGAUUCAGAAUGCGGCUUCGCUAGGCGCAACGCGAUUUUUGAACUCAACCAAUCAACAGUAA